AGCUUAGAGUCGCGCUUCUUCGUCGACGACGGCAUAUGGCGCGAAGCGCCGCUGUUGACGGGGAAGGGAGGCUUCGAGCCGCUGCCAGAUGUGAGGAACAUUCUCGUCACAGGCGGCGAAGGCUUCAUAGCGUCAUGGGUUGUUCGACAUCUCGUGUGCAAGUACCCGGAUGCAUACAAUGUCGUCUCGUUUGAUAAGCUUGACUAUUGCAGCUCUCUGAACAAUGCCCGGAUGCUAGAAAGUCGGCCAAACUUCUCAUUCUUCCAUGGCGACCUCACUCAACCAGAUAGCGUCCUGAAGUGCUUGGAGAAGUACCACAUCGACACCGUCUUCCACCUGGCCGCCCAAAGCCAUGUCGACCUUAGCUUCGGUAACUCGUACAGUUUCACCAAGAACAAUGUCCUCGGUACGCAUGUACUGCUGGAAAGUACAAUUGCUGUGAAGACGGUGAAACGCUUCUUCCACAUUUCAACGGAUGAGGUAUACGGUGAAGUGGACAAAGACGCAGCAGAUCUGACAGAGCGUAGCCUUUUGGCUCCGACAAACCCAUACGCUGCCACUAAGGCUGCCGCUGAGAUGAUGGUGACAGCGUACGUCCGAAGUUUCAAGCUGCCAGCAGUGAUCGUGCGCCUCAACAACGUCUACGGGCCGCACCAGUACCCGGAGAAGAUCAUUCCAAAGUUCAUCAAUCUGCUCCUGCGCAAGCGACCGUUAUGCAUUCAUGGAGAUGGUCAGCACACCCGCAGAUACCUCUACGCAGGUGAUGCCGCAGACGCCUUCGACACCAUCCUGCACAAGGGCCAGAUCGGUCAGAUUUACAACGUCGACUCUAGAGACGAGAUCGGAAACCUGGACCUUGCUGCCAAAUUGCUGAGCAUCUUCGGCAUCACGCAGACCGCCGGCUGGAUAGAGCACACAAGAGAUCGCCCUUUCAAUGACCGCCGGUACGCAGUCGACGGGAGCAAACUGCGGAAGUUGGGCUGGCGCCAGGGCGUUUCAUUCGAAGAAGGUCUCGCGAAUACGGUGGACUGGUACCGCAAGUUCUCCAGGUGGUGGGGUCAAGUAGACGCGAUCCUCGCGCCUUUCCCUGUUGUGGCUGGCGAC